GGCUGUGCCUGAGGUGCCACCAUCAAUAAUUGAGCACAGAGCAGAGCCCAGCUGGGGACCUGAGGACACACUGAACACAACCAGAGGUGGGAACCACACCAGCAGCCCGAGAACCUCCUACGACUCCCAAAGUUUGGGGUGAGAGGGGGCAGGGCGCGCGGCGCAGGAUUUGGUGUCGGGGUUGUCGGGCGCAGGAGCCAGCAGGGCUGGCCAUGGUGUCUCCAGCCAUCGCUCUGGCCUUCCUCCCCUUCCUCAUCACCCUGCUGAUCCGUUACCGGCACUACCUGGUGCUGCUGUACCGCGCCGUGCUGCUGCCUUGGCUGCAGGACCGCCUCACCGGGGUGCCCCGCGAGCAGCGUGCCUUCCAGUACGUGCUGACCCACGCCAUCCCCGGGGACCCCCGGCACAUCCUGCACACCUUCGAUCAGUGGAGCUACCACUGCGAGCACCUCGGCUGCGUGGGACCCCUCAAAGGGAAGAUCGUGGAGAAGCUGCUGUGUGAGCGGGCACCGCACACCGUGCUGGAGUUGGGCACCUACUGCGGUUACGGCACCGUGCUGAUGGCAGCGGCGCUGCCGCCGGGCGCCCGGCUCUACACGGUGGAACCAAACCCCCACCACGCAUCCGUGGCCGAGAAGGUGAUCCGCCUGGCAGGCUUCGAUGAGCAGACGGUAGAGCUGAUCGUGGGCCGUUCCGAGGAGGUGAUCCCGAGGCUGAGGGAGCAGCACGGCCUGCAGUGCAUCGAUUUCGUCUUCAUGGAUCAUCGGAAGCGAUGCUACCUGAGGGAUCUGCAGCUGUUGGAGGAGCACGGGUUGCUGGCCGAUAGGGCAACGGUGCUGGCUGAUAACGUGGUCUUUCCAGGAGCCCCACACUUCCUGCAGUACGCCAAGACGUGCGGGAAGUAUCGCUGCAGGGUGCACCGGGCCAGCCUGGAGUACUGCCGUGCCAUCCCCGAUGGCGUUGCUGAGCUCUGCUACACCGGGGCCCGCUGAGCUGGAGCUGCCUGCUGGAAAUCACAGCCUCCUGUUUGCUGUGCUGACGCUCAGCCAUAAACGUUGACCCCAAAAGAA